AUGUGGCCAUUUGGGUCUUCCCAGCAUCGACAGAUAUGUCAACGCAAACAGGACGAACGUGCCUCGCGCAUAGCAAAUCUGCCCCAGUCUUACCAAUCGCCCAUCUCAUCUUCUGAGCGCUCAAUCUUGGAUACACCCAUCGAGGAACUGGUCGAAGAUGUCCAGAACUCCAUCAAGUCACCAAUUGAUGUGCUUCGCGCUUAUGGCAAAGCAGCCGUCAAAGCACAGCAUGCCACUAACUGUGUGACGGAGAUUAUGUUUCCCGAUGCUGAGACUUGGAUCAGCAACGAUGGGGUCAAUCUCAAAGGUCCACUUGCAGGUAUCCCUGUAAGUCUUAAAGACUCGAUUGUUGUGGGUGGGUAUGAUACUAGUGUGGGAUAUUCUGGAAAGUGCUUCAAGCCGUGGGCCAAAGACGGCGCUAUGGUGAGACUGCUCAAAGAUGCGGGUGCAGUGCCUUUCGUCAAGACUGCGUUACCGAUCACUCUACUGAGCUUUGAGUCCACCAACGAUGUCUGGGGUCGCUGCACCAAUCCUCACAACAAAGAUUACAGUCCUGGCGGCAGCACCGGAGGUGAAGGCGCUAUCUUAGCGUUUGGAGGCUCGAGGAUAGGUAUUGGAAGCGAUGUCGCUGGAUCUCCUUGGACCUAUGACCAAAGUGUGCAUCCAAUCGCCUGGCGACAAGAAACCUACGAGGCCUUCAAAGACAAGAAGAAAUUCAGGAUUGGUGUGUUGAGGACUGAUGGCGUGGUUGAUCCUUCUCCCGCCUGUGCUCGGGCUCUCCAACUCAGCAUCGACGCUUUGAAGAACCAAGGCCAUGAUGUAUUUGACCUGACUCUACCUUCCGCACCUCAUGCACCCCUGGACGCCUUGGCUAUCGCUUCCCAAUUACUCAACGCAGAGGGCACAAGAACUUAUUCACGCUUCUUCUCCUCCGGCGAAACCAAUGAUGCAGGAGCUGCUCAAUUGACCUUCUGGAUGGGUCUUCCCUCUCCUCUCCGCUGGCUCUACGUCAAGUAUGUGCGCUAUAUCCUCCGCGACGCCACUUGGGCCCGCCUCUUAGAGUCUCUGCACGAGAAAUCUGCAUACCAGAACUGGGAACUGGUGUACCAACGCGAAAGCUUCAAGAACAUGGAUGUCAUGAUCACGCCACCCAACGCUACUCCUGCGGUACCUCAUGAUGGUAUGAAGGAUGCGGUUGCUUCUUGUGGUUACACUUUCCUGUUCAACCUGUUGGACUACACCUGUGGUAUCAUUCCUGUUACCAAGGUUGAUGCUACUAAGGACACACUUUUAAGGGAUUUCGUGGUCAAUAAGAACGGAGUGGCCAAGGGAGCUUAUAAGCAUUACGAUGCAGAUAAGAUGGCUGGAUUGCCUGUUGCUGUGCAAGUUGUGGGUAGAAGACUGGAAGAAGAGAAAGUUCUUGCUGUUAUGGAAAGAGUGGAGCAGGCGUUAGAGGAGAGUGGGACUGUUUACGAGUUGUUGCAAGUACCUUAG